AUGGUUUUGACUGUUGGCUCUGUGAUUUGGAGAAGAAUUGGCAAAGUAUCCAAUGACAUGCAUGGAACACGAGAAGGGGUCUUUCAUAAUGGAUUUCUUCACUGGGUUUGUCGCUGUACGGAGGGUUUUUUCAUACGUGCAUUUGAUGUUGAACGCGAGGGUUUCAAGGAUUUACCAAUGCCCCCUUAUUAUUUCCAUCCCGAUUCUAUACCUCGAAUGCGAGUCUUAGGAGGUUCACUUUCUGUAAGUGAUGGCCGCACGCUUUGGGUAAUGAAAGAGUACGGCGUCAAGAGGUCUUGGACCAAAGAGCUUGAAAUUGGACAUGAUACAAUUUAUCCUAAUGACCCAUAUGGGUCCUAUAUACGAUGUGUUUCAGUUUUGAAAUUUACAGAGGGGAAGGUUUUGUUGUUAGCAAACACUAAUUUGUGCCUCUAUACUCCAGAAACAAGGACCCUUGUGAGGGUUGAGAUUGAUGGGAUGCCAUCAGGGGGCUUCCGUUUCGUGGCAGACCAUAUUCCGAGCUUUGUUUCUCCGAAGGAUAUUAUCAAGGAUUACCUCUCCAAAGUACCUAGUUAA